AUGACCGUCUACCACAUCGUGCUGUUCAAGCUCAAGAAAGGCACACCAGACGAGACCAUUUCUCAGCUGAAGGAGGCUGCAACAGCGAUGGUCGGCCAGGUUCCAGGUCUCCAGAAGAUCGAUUUGGGUCCACCUGUUCCCGCAACUGCAGCCCGGGCCAAAGGCUUCGAUUAUGGAUUGGUUGCAAUCCUAGACAAAGCCGAGAACCUAAAGGGCUAUGCUGAACAUCCAGCUCAUCUUAAGGUGCAAGACAUUCGCUUGCCUAUCUGUGAAGAUACUUUGGCGUACGACUUUGAGUUUUGA